AUGACGUCGAAAGACACGUGGGCCGUCUUGAAGAAAGGCAUGUUCGUCCGCGACGCCAGCAAAUUCCGCAACUGGAUCGAACCGAGCACGGACGCUGAGUUCCCUGCCGCACCCGACCGAUACCAUCUCUAUGUAUCCCUUGCUUGUCCUUGGGCCCACCGCUGCCUUGCCACACUUUAUGUAAAAGGGCUGCAGGACAUUAUCGGGCUCUCGGUGGUGCACCCCGUCUUCCAGCGCACGCGCGUGCACGAUCCCACCGACCAGCACACGGGUUGGGCUUUUGUGGACCCCAAGACGACCCCGUCGCUACCUGGUCCGUCGGGUCUCGGCCACUACUCGUCCGAAGGUGCCAUCCCCGACACGGUGAACAGUGCGCAAUAUGUGCGUGACUUGUACGAAAUGUGCUCGGAGGGCAACACGCGCUACACGGUGCCCGUGCUGUGGGACAAGGUCAAGCACACGAUCGUCUCGAACGAGUCUGCCGACAUUAUCCGCAUGCUGAACUCGUCGUUCGACGCUAUUGUGCCGUCUGACGUGGAUUUGUUCCCGCUGGAAGUGCGUGACGACAUUAACGCGAUCAACGAGUGGAUCUACAAUGACAUUAACAAUGGCGUGUACAAGUGCGGCUUUUCAGCGACACAAAGUGCCUACGACGAUGCGGUGGCCAAUCUCUUCAGGAGCCUCGACCGUGUCGAAGCGAUCCUUGCCAACCAGCGCUUCCUGGUGGGUCAAACGUUCACCGAAGCAGACUUGCGUCUGUUCACGACCCUCAUUCGCUUUGACGAAGUCUACUAUGUGCACUUCAAGACGAACAAGAAGAUGAUUGCGGAGUACCCGAACCUACUCAAUUACACGCGGGAAAUUUACCAAUUUCCGCCCGUGACCAAGUCGGUUUCGAUGCAGCACAUUAAGUUCCAUUACUAUGGUUCACACACGCACCUGAACGCUUUCGGCAUUGUUCCUGCUGGACCAAAUGUCGACUAUAGUGUUAAGCACGACCGGAACCGCUUUACAGGCGCCACACUUCCCGAGUUUCCAGCGACCAGCAAAUAG